UGCCGACACAGUCGCGCUCGGCGUUUUUCGGGGUUUCACGGCGCAGAUCCGAGUUUUUGAAGAUUCAGAGCUCGUUCUCUCUCUCUCUCGUCACAACAAAAGCCCUAAUUUUGUCUCUGUAGUUGUCAUCUGUGUUAAAUCAUCUACAUAUCGUGAACACUAGGACUUCGAAUCGAGCUGAUGAUGAUAACCGAGUGUCGAUCUUAGAAUCUUCCGAUUUUGAUUCUCUUCUCUGUUCAUUUCAAGAUGUCGAAAGAUGAGGAAAACGGUAACACAGUUGAGAUUCAUCAGAACAAUUCAGAAGCCAACAAUGUCAAGGUCCAAGAGCAUUUGUACAGCGGUUUACUCCAUCACGCCUCGGUCUAUGGUGUAGCUGCUGGUUACUGCAUUUCGGCUUCGCUUCUCUCAAUCAUCAACAAAUGGGCAGUCAUGAAAUUUCCUUAUCCAGGAGCUUUGACUGCGUUGCAGUAUUUCUCAAGUGCAGCUGGUGUUUUCCUCUGCGGGCAGAUUAAGUUGAUCGAGCACGAUUCUCUGAAUCUUUUAACAAUGUGGCGAUUUCUUCCCGCAGCCGUUAUAUUCUACUUAUCUCUCUUCACUAAUAGCGAGCUUCUCCUCCAUGCAAAUGUAGAUACGUUUAUCGUAUUUCGUUCAGCCGUUCCUAUUUUCGUCGCGAUUGGGGAGGCCCUUUUCUUGCACCAGCCAUGGCCAUCUCUCAAAACAUGGGGCUCUCUCGCUACAAUAUUCGGAGGAAGUGUGCUUUACGUUUUGACGGAUUACCAGUUCACGGUUGCAGCUUAUAGCUGGGCAGUGGCAUAUCUGGUAAGCAUGACCAUAGACUUUGUUUACAUCAAGCACGUGGUUAUGACGAUUGGUCUGGACACAUGGGGUCUUGUGUUAUACAAUAACCUCGAGGCCCUGCUAUUGUUCCCCCUCGAGUUGCUUAUAAUGGGAGAGCUAAAGAGAAUAAAGCACGAAAUCACUGACGAGUCUGACUGGUACUCGUUCCAAGUGGUUUUGCCAGUUGGGUUGUCGUGUGUUUUCGGCCUGGCCAUCUCUUUCUUCGGAUUCUCGUGUCGUCGGGCCAUUUCUGCCACUGGAUUCACUGUUCUUGGCAUUGUUAACAAGCUGUUAACGGUGGUGAUCAACUUGGUCAUUUGGGAUAAACAUUCAACCAUUGUUGGAACCAUGGGACUUCUGAUUUGUAUGUUUGGUGGAGUUAUGUAUCAGCAGUCCACGAGCAAGAAAUCGAAAUCUGUUCAAGAGCAGGAUGAGGAACAGCAGAAACUGCUCGAAAUGCAGAACAAGGAAAGUAACAACUUCGAGAAGGAAGGUUCUGAGUCGGAGGGCAAGCAAUGAUACAUUUACAACAAAGAUGUUCAAGAUCCGGUCUUAUAUCCACUGAUAAAAAAAUUCCAUUACUUGAGGCUCCUAAUGCAUAAACCAGUAGAUUCUUGAAGUGGGUCGCUGGCUCGUCAUCUCAUCCUCUUGAAUAAUCGGGAGAGGUUGGGAGAUGCAACGGCUGAAGUAUAAUCAAGAAGAACAAGAAAUUCUUCCUUUUGGGUACGUUUUGGUUCGAUAUAAGAUCUAAUAUAGUUAGUGAUGAUGAAUCAUUCUUUUGUACCUUGGAGGUAAUACUGCCUUCAGAUUUUCUUCUUUGCUGUCAAGUAUAUAUUGAAACUGAUACAAAAGAGAAAACCUCCCAGUUCCCAUUGGUAGAAAAAGAUUGUUUCUUUGCUGUUUCAA